UUUUCUCAGGGGACGUUCAAAUUAUUUUUGUAACGGGAGUCGGGAGAGGACGGGGCGUGCCCUGACGUGCGCGUGUCCUCCUGCCCCGGCCCUCCUUCAGCGCUCGCCGGCACCGGCCCUGGGAGGGCGUCAUGCCGCCCAAAACCCCCCGGAGAGCAGCCGCCGCCGCCGCCGCCGCCGCCGCUGCUGCUGCGGAGCCCCCGCCGCCGCCGCCGCCGCCGCCGCCACCGCCGCCACCGCAGCCUGAGGAGGACCCCGAGCAGGACAGCGGCCCCGAGGACCUGCCUCUGGUCAGGCUUGCAUUUGAAGAAACUGAAGAACCUGAUUUUACUACAUUAUGUCAGAAAUUAAAGAUAGCAGAUCAUGUCAGAGAAAGAGCUUGGUUAACUUGGGAGAAGGUUUCAUCUGUGGAUGGAGUAUUGGAAGGUCAUAUUCAAAAGAAAAAGGAACUGUGGGGAAUCUGUAUCUUUAUUGCAGCAGUUGACCUAGAUGAAAUGCCAUUCACCUUCACUGAGCUGCAGAAAAACAUUGACAUCAGUGUCUAUAAAUUCUUUGACUUAUUGAAAGAAAUUGAUACCAGUACCAAAGUUGAUAAUGCUAUGUCAAAACUGUUGAAGAAGUAUAAUGUAUUGUGUGCACUCUACAGCAAAUUAGAAAGGACAUGUGAACUUAUAUAUUUGUCACAACCCAGCAGUUCAAUAUCUACUGAAAUAAAUUCUAUGUUGGUGCUAAAAGUUUCUUGGAUCACAUUUUUACUAGCUAAAGGGGAAGUAUUACAAAUGGAAGAUGAUCUGGUGAUCUCAUUUCAGUUAAUGCUAUGUGUUCUUGACUAUUUUAUCAAACUCUCACCUCCUGCAUUGCUCAAAGAACCAUAUAAAACAGCUGUAAUACCUAUUAAUGGUUCACCUCGAACACCAAGGCGAGGUCAGAACAGGAGUGCACGGAUAGCAAAACAACUAGAAAAUGAUACAAGAAUUAUUGAAGUUCUCUGUAAAGAACAUGAAUGUAAUAUAGAUGAGGUGAAAAAUGUUUAUUUCAAAAAUUUUAUACCUUUUAUGAAUUCUCUUGGAAUUGUAGCCUCUAAUGGACUUCCAGAGGUGGAAAGUCUUUCUAAACAAUAUGAAGAAAUUUACCUUAAAAACAAAGAUCUAGAUGCCAGGUUAUUUUUGAAUCAUGAUAAAACUCUUCAGGCUGAUCCUACAGACAGUUUGGAAAUGCAGAGAACACCACGAAAAAGUAACCCUGAUGAAGAGGUGAAUGUGAUUCUGCCACAGACUCCAGUUAGGACUGUUAUGAAUACUAUCCAACAAUUAAUGAUGAUCUUAAAUUCAGCAAGUGAUCAACCAUCAGAAAAUCUGAUUUCCUAUUUUAAUAAUUGCACCGUGAAUCCAAAGGAAAGUAUCUUGAAAAGAGUAAAGGAUAUUGGAUACAUCUUUAAAGAACAGUUUGCUAAAGCUGUGGGACAGGGAUGCAUGGAAAUUGGAUCACAGCGAUACAAACUUGGAGUCCGAUUGUAUUACCGAGUAAUGGAAUCCAUGCUCAAAUCCGAAGAAGAACGAUUAUCCAUUCAAAAUUUUAGCAAACUCCUGAAUGACAACAUCUUUCAUAUGUCUUUGUUGGCAUGCGCUCUUGAGGUUGUAAUGGCUACAUAUAGCAGAAGUACGUCUCAGAAUCUUGAUACUGGAACAGAUUUGUCCUUCCCGUGGAUUCUGAAUGUACUUAAUUUAAAAGCUUUUGAUUUUUACAAAGUGAUUGAAAGUUUUAUCAAAGCAGAAGCCAACUUGACCAGAGAAAUGAUUAAACAUUUAGAACGAUGUGAACAUCGAAUCAUGGAAUCCCUUGCUUGGCGCUCAGAUUCACCUUUAUUUGAUCUUAUUAAACAAGCAAAGGACAGAGAAGGACCAGCUGAUCACCUUGAAUCUGCUUGUACUCUUAUUAACCUUCCUCUCCAGAGUAAUCACACUGCAGCAGAUAUAUCCCCCAAGAAAAAAGGGUCAACUACACGUGUAAAUUCUACUGCAAAUUCAGAGGCACAAGCAACCUCAACCUUCCAGACUCAGAAGCCACUGAAAUCUACCUCCCUUUCACUCUUUUACAAAAAAGUGUACCGACUAGCAUAUCUUCGACUCAAUACCCUGUGUGCACGCCUUCUGUCUGAUCACCCAGAACUAGAGCAUAUCAUCUGGACCCUUUUCCAGCACACACUGCAAAAUGAGUGUGAACUCAUGAGAGACAGGCAUUUGGACCAGAUUAUGAUGUGUUCCAUGUAUGGCAUAUGCAAAGUGAAGAACAUAGACCUUAAAUUCAAAAUCAUUGUAACAGCAUACAAAGAUCUUCCUCAUGCUGUUCAGGAGACAUUCAAACGUGUUUUGAUCAGAGAAGAGGAGUAUGAUUCUAUUAUCGUAUUCUAUAAUUCAGUCUUCAUGCAGAGACUGAAAACAAAUAUUUUGCAGUAUGCUUCCACCAGGCCCCCCACUUUGUCACCAAUUCCUCACAUUCCUCGGAGCCCUUACAAGUUUUCCAGUUCACCUUUACGGAUUCCUGGGGGGAACAUCUAUAUAUCACCCCUAAAGAAUCCAUAUAAAAUUUCAGAAGGCCUGCCAACGCCAACAAAAAUGACUCCAAGAUCGAGAAUCUUAGUAUCAAUUGGUGAAUCAUUUGGGACUUCGGAGAAGUUCCAGAAAAUAAAUCAGAUGGUGUGUAAUAGCGACCGUGUGCUCAAAAGAAGUGCUGAAGGAGGCAACCCUCCUAAACCUCUGAAAAAGCUGCGCUUUGACAUCGAAGGAGCAGAUGAAGCAGAUGGAAGUAAACAUCUCCCGGGAGAGUCUAAAUUUCAACAGAAACUGGCAGAAAUGACAUCUACUCGAACACGAAUGCAAAAGCAGAAAAUGAAUGACAGCAUGGAUACCUCGAACAGGGAAGAAAAGUGAGGGCCCCGCGAUCUUGGGGGGUGCCCGUACACCUCCGGCUUCGCCCUCAGCCACAGAUCUGACUCCAGAACUCUCCCCAAUUCUGUUUACGGCCACGUUUAAUACAUAUCUUCGGCUCUCUGUGUGUGUAUAAAAUGUGUAGAUGCACGUUGAGUAUUUGUGUGGGGGAUUCCUAAGCCACUUGCAGCAUUGCAGUCACUAGAACAUACCCUGUUGUACAAGAUUGAAAAUCUUGUGUACAUCCUGCCAUUUGAAAGCUACAGAUGUUUCCAUUUCCAGAGUGGAAUUGCUCCACUUUACAGAUGGUGGCCGGAUCCCCUGGGAGUGAGUCCUCACAAGCCAUGCCUGGAUGAGUACUUUGUCUUUUCUAGGGCAUGACUGUGAUGUUUGCUAUUAUUUUUAUUUAUAUUUAUUUUUUUAAUUUAACAUGAACACCCUUAGAAAAUGCGUCUUGUCUUCCAAAUGCAAUUUGGCUGACUGCCCUCCCCCUCAUUUACCCAAAUGGUCCUGAACUCCUCUGUGAAAAACAGAUGCUAGAAACUAGAAAAAAAUGACAAUUUUUUACACAUUAGAUUUUAGUUUACUAAUGGAAACUAAAAGGAUGUACUGUGUGUUUCUUUUAUAAAUUUUAGUUUUAAAAAACGAGAAAGCAAAGUAUAAACAGUAAUGAGAUACUGUCAUACUACUGAUAGAGAUGUCAUACCUCAGGACGUGUAAGAAUUUAUUAAUUCUUUAAUUCAGCCAACUCAUGCUUUAAAAUAGUUAUUCAAUAGCACUCUUGCUGUUUAUACCAUUCAGAUCACUCAAUUCAUAAAGUACCCAUCUAGUUCUUGGACAGUAAAGUCUUGAGCUCGAGCUGUGCCCAUAGAGGAAGGACCCUGAUGCAGUACACCCAAAUGCACUUUCUGCUGUUUCUGGGUCCUGAAGAAUCAAGAUACAAAAUAGUUUUAUUCCACAGACUGUUGACUAUGGGAGCCUUAAUUUUUCUUUCUUAAAGAGUUACCUGAUUGCAUCUCAGCAGUUAUUCUGCCCUCCUAAAUUUGGGAAGAGGGUGUGUUUUCUCUGGAAUGGUACAUGUCUUCCAUGUAUCUUUUGAACUGGCAGUUUUUGUUUUUUUUUUAAAUUCAACAUGGUCUUACACUGGCACGUUCAAAGCCACAUUAUUCCUAGUCCAAAGUUGCAGGUAAUCAAAUGUCUUUGAGUUAAACAUUUAAUGUUCCUGAUUUUGUGCAAAAAAUUAAAACAGCUACAUUAGAAAAAGAGGCGCUUCCCCCCGACACCUAAAGGUGUAUUUAAACUAUCUUGUGUGAUUAACUUAUUUAGAGAUGGUAUAAUUUAAAAUAGGUAGUAUUUAAGGUAGCAUUUACUAGCUUUUAGGAAAAUCACUUUGUCUAAACUCAGAGGUCUUUUAAAAAAGAAAUCUGAUCUUAUUUGUUAGAAAACAAAAUUUUAUUUUGUGCUGACUUAAGUUGCAAACUUAUUUUUUGACAGUUAUCUUGAUAACAAAGGCACUAGAAAGCUUUGUCUCAUUUCCUCAUUCAUUUUUGCAUGAAUAUCAUAUACAUCAGUUUGCUUUUAUGUCCAGGGCUUACCACAUUUCUAGGUCUUUUGCUAAUAAGUUCAUGUUAGACUUAGUGUCAGAAUUUUAGGAACUUCAAAGAUCGUGUAUUGAGAUUUCUUAAAUAAAGCUUCAGAUAUUGCUUUAUUGCUUUUUGUAUUCGUUAAAACUGUACAUUUAAAAUUGCUAUGUUAUUUUCUACAAUAGUUUGUCUAUUUUUAAAUAAAUUAGCCAAGAGUCUUAAUA